CCUUUACAGAUCCAGCAGGCUGCGUGGCGUGUCUUCACCAGGUUACGACAUGGACCAGUGUUGCUGCCGCCGCGUUUAGUCGCAGCAUCUCUUGCUGCUAGUUUUUUCUUUCUACCGCUGGACUGCCCUCGGAAAUCGCAGGUUAUGCCACCGCAAGGGCUUCCUGGAUCCCCAGCCGUGAAAGAGAAGGGCUGAUCCCUUUCCUCCCCCAGGUUCCUGCUGCUUUGCACCCCAUCUUUCCCUCCUCCUUUCUCCUGCUUACUCCCCUCUCCCAACUGCACAAACCCCAUCUGACUCCUACACCUGACCUUGCCACCCCUGUCAUCCUUUACAUCCAGGACCAUUCGUCCAGUCACAUCCCUCCCCACAGCAGCUCCAUACCCAGCCUCUCUGCUUAGUUUCACUCUAGCCACACCAGCCGUCUUCUCUGCAGGCGCCUGCCCUUGUCAUUGAACUACUCUUCACCCACUGGCUGCACGCCAGGCCCCAUGGCUACAGGAGGUCAUGCCCCAGAGAUAGAUGUGUUGAUCAACCUACAACAGGUGAAGGUGGAUGAGGAAGAUGAGGAAGGAUCGGUGGAGGAACUGGAGGAAGAAGAGGAGGAGGAGAACUGGGAGAAAGCACUGUCUGUGGAGCGCUUCGCAGACAUCAUCAGUGACUCUGCUUCCACCAGCGGAGACAGGAUGGGCCGACACUACACUGAGAAAGAUUUUGAAUAUCACAGACACACAUUUCACCAUACGCACCACCCCUUAUCCACCCACCUGCCCCUGCCCCAGCGAUUACGCAAGAGGGUGCACAGCACGGACAGAAGGCGCAAAAAGAAACGGAAGAAAAAAAAGACCUCUCUUCCCCCCUCCGAUGUAACACCGACCAUCCAAGAGGUAGACGAGGAAGAGGCCGAGUCUGAGACAGAUGGACAGGGAGUGGCUGCUACGCCCACAGAGAUACCUGAUAUCCAACCACAGUUUAGUUUGGGGAGCAAAGAGGACUUGGAGGAACCCCUUCCACCUGCUACCUUCCACUCGGAAGAUGAAGAACACCCACUGUCGAGGAAAGUCGCAUCUACUCUGAUAAAGGGGGAGGCUCCUAAUGGGGGAAUUGCCAUUCUUGGACAGAAUGAGGAGGUGCAUGGAGAGGAAGCAGCUUGCAACAGCGUUCCCCGAGGAUCAGACCCCUUGAGUUCAACCACGACCCGCGGCUGGUUCCGUAGGAAGCCCGUCCACCAUCGUCUGGCGGGUGCCCAGCGGAGCAACUAUGACUUGCGGGAGCGGAUCUGCAUCGGCAGCAUGACUGCUCUGGAGACAGCCGUCUACCAGCAGGUGCCCACUGAUGAGGCUGAGGCCCAGAUGUUGGCAAGCGCCGACCUGGAUGACAUGAAAAGUCACAGAUUUGAGGACAACCCUGGGGUGAGACGCCACCUGGUGAAGAAGUCGUCACGAUGUCAGGUGACCCGAGCCAGCAACAGUUCCACACCACUAAGCAGCCUGAAGAAGAAGAAGAGAGCAGCAGAUAAGAAAACCCAUGAGUUGUUUGUGGAGCUGAACGAGCUGAUUGUGGAGAAGGACCAUGAAAUGCGUUGGAAGGAGCGGGCCCGCUGGAUCAAGUUUGAGGAGGAUGUGGAGGAGGAGACAGACCGCUGGGGCAAACCUCAUGUGGCUUCACUCUCAUUCCGCAGCUUGCUGGAGCUUCGCCGCACCAUCACACAGGGUGCCAUCCUUCUGGACCUCGAGCAGAACUCUCUGCCUGGAAUCGCCCAUCUGGUGGUGGAGACGAUGAUCAUCUCUGAUCAGAUCAGAGCUGAGGACAGACCCAGUGUGCUACGGGCUCUGCUUCUCAAACACAGUCAUCCAAGUGAUCUGAAACAUCGUUUUCACCGCCACCACUCAUCCAGCAGUCUUCAUGGUAGCUUCAAUCACAACAAUGUCCAGGACACCAGUCUACCACUGGUGGCUGAAGAGCAGGAGGAACACCAUGAUAAUAAAGGGCCGGUAUACGACCCAAAACAAGACGUGUUUGUCAGCCUGUUUAAAUCUCUCCACCCUCUGCCUCCUGAGAGCCAUCCAGCUGCAGCCAGAUCGAUGAAACUUCUCGCCAAGAUUCCCAAAGAUGCUGAAGCUGUCAUUGUUUUAGUUGGCUGUGUUGAGUUUCUGGAGCAGCCAGCCAUGGCCUUUGUCAGGUUGAACGAGGCAGUCCUUCUGGAGUCCGUACUGGAGGUCCCUGUCCCUGUUCGCUUUCUUUUCGUCCUGCUUGGUCCCAGUCAGUCCAACGUUGACUAUCAUGAGAUUGGACGCUCCUUUUCCACUCUCAUGUCUGACAAGAACUUCCACGAGGUGGCCUAUUUUGCUGACGACAGACAGGACCUCCUGAAUGGUAUCAAUGAAUUCUUGGACUGCAGCAUUGUCAUUCCACCCUCAGAUGUGGAGGGCAAAGACCUCCUGAAGACAGUGGCCGACUUCCAGAAGCAGAUGCUGCGCAAGAGGAAGGAGAGAGAACUCAAGAGGCACCAAUCCUCAUCUGGAAUGGAGCUGAACAACAAAGAGGUGAGUCCAGAAGAGGAGGAGGAGGAAGACCAGGAGGUGGACCCAUUAAAGCGCUCAGGGAUCCCUUUCGGAGGCCUGAUCCACGACAUACGCCGCCGCUACCCACAGUAUGUCAGCGACUUAAAAGAUGCUGUGGACAUGCAGUGCAUUGCCGCCGUCAUCUUCAUCUACUUUGCUGCACUGUCGCCCACUAUUACCUUUGGAGGCCUGCUGGGAGAAAAAACAGAGGGCAUGAUGGGAGUGACUGAGCUUAUUGUGUCAACUGCAACUCUUGGAGUUAUAUUCUCACUGCUUGCUGGUCAGCCCCUCCUCAUCAUCGGCUUCUCAGGACCGUUACUGGUGUUUGAAGAAGCCUACUACAAGUUCUGUCAGGCCCACAACUUUGAGUACCUGACUGGUCGUGUUUGGAUUGGCUUCUGGCUCAUCUUCAUUGUCCUGGUGAUUGUGGCAGCAGAGGGCAGCUUCCUCGUUCGCUACAUCUCACCCUUUACCCAGGAGAUUUUUGCUUUCCUCAUCUCCCUCAUCUUCAUCUACGAGACUUUCUCUAAGCUCUUCAAGGUGUUUAGGGAACAUCCGCUGAUGGCAAUGUACCCAAGUGACACCCCUCCAGCUACUGGGCUUCACGAAGUUGAUAGUCCCUUCUUCAACCAGCCCAACACUGCUCUCCUGUCUCUGGUCCUCAUGAUGGGCACUUUCUUUGUUGCUUUCUUCCUCAGGAAAUUCCGAAACAGUCGAUUUUUAGGUGGCAAGGCCAGAAGAAUCAUUGGUGACUUUGGCAUCCCCAUCUCAAUUUUAGUUUCAGUGUUGGUGGAUUACUCCAUUACUGACACUUACACGCAGAAACUCAAUGUACCAUCUGGAUUCUCAGUCACCUCCCCUGACAAGAGAGGGUGGUUCAUCAGCCCCUUUGGUGACAAGCAUCCCUUUCCCACCUGGAUGAUGGGAGCGUCUAUUGUACCUGCCAUUCUUGUCUUCAUCCUCAUCUUCAUGGAAACUCAGAUCACUUCAUUGAUAGUCAGUAAGAAGGAGCGUCGCCUGGUUAAAGGCUCCGGCUUCCACCUGGAUCUUCUGCUCAUCGUCAUUCUGGGUGCCAUCUGUCCUCUUUUCGGCCUGCCGUGGCUCACCGCUGCCACUGUGCGCUCCGUCACUCAUGUCAACGCCCUCACCGUCAUGAGCAAAGCCACUGCGCCCGGCGAAAAGCCCAUGAUCCAGGAGGUGAAGGAACAGAGGCUGACUGGGCUUCUUGUAGCUAUUCUUGUAGGUAUGUCCAUAGUGAUGACGGACGUGCUCCGCCUCAUCCCCCUGGCUGUGCUCUUCGGCAUCUUCCUGUACAUGGGGGUCACCUCUCUGACGGGCAUCCAACUGUAUGAACGCAUCACACUUAUGGUCACGCCCGCUAAGCAUCACCCUGACCACAUCUACGUCACCAAGGUGAAGACAUGGCGUAUGAACAUGUUCACCAUCAUCCAGCUGUUGUGCAUCGUGGCUCUGUGGGUAGUGAAGUCUACUGUGGCCUCCCUGGCGUUCCCCUUCGUCCUCAUCAUGACGGUGCCGCUGCGCCGUCUCAUCCUCUCCAGGAUUUUCGAGGAACGUGAGCUCCAGGCGCUGGAUUGCGACGAGGAUUCCCCCAACUUUGAUGAAGAUGGACGAGAUGAGUACAACGAGAUCCACAUGCUUGUAUAGAUUGAAAUUGGACCCAGCCAGUAGAAUUCCUCCGCCCUCCAGCUCCGACCAAUCAGAGCAAGCCUCUUUGGAAACCUCAGUGUCUCUGGGUAGCGUUGACAAAGUGAAAGGAGCUACCGUAAUGGUGUAUGUAAAAAUAUCUAAAGGCUAGAGCUGGAUGAUCUCUUCUUACCUUUGUUUAUUCCAGUUUUAUAAAAGAGCACACCUGAUGUUAGAUCUCUGUGGUUGUGGUGGUGGUGGUGGUGGUGGUGGUGGUGGUGGUGGUGGUGGUGUUGUGUUAAACUCUCUGAGUCCAGAAAAGAGCUCUGAGCACCCUACCUGAAGUGGACGAUGCAAAUCUAGCAAAAAACAUGAACACUUUAUCCAGCUUUUUUCCCUAUCAAUCCCUUUAAUUACUCUGAAGGUUCUGGGCAUAAGUGCAAUGAUGAUGGUGACCUCUGGGACUACAGUGGGUGGGAUUAUUUAGAUUUAUUUUUGUCCCGAAAGUGGGAAAAAGGGUCAAUUUGCUUUCAUUUCAUUUCAUUCAGGAAGUGGAUUUUCAUCAAAAUUCAUUAUUGUUCUUGUGAAUUGACCCUAAAUCUCAAAGCCCUGAAUUCCACUGCCUGUGAAGUUUAGCUGCCUUUUUUCCUUUAUACUACUGCCAUUGCCUAUAGGUUGCAAUGAUGUGCAAACAAGGAGUUAAGUAGUCCCUUUCCUUUCCGUACAGUCUUUUAGUAAUGAGCACUUUGACUGGGCAAAAGUUCACUUUUGUCGCUGCCAACCGAGCUCCCUGGCACAAAGCCUCCUCUCUAAAUGUAGUCUCCCCUUGAAGCCAAAAUUUCUACAGAGACUGUGCGAGCCUCUUCAAGGGGUGUUACUGUACUUUGUUAGGUGUUUAAUGCCCAACAUACCAGUUCACUGACCCUGUUAUUGUGACCUUGGAUGUAUAAGUAAAUAGCUAACAUGGUCUCAACCUUAUUUUUCUACUGUGUUGUAUCUGUUUAUUUUGUGACCUUUGGACUUAAUGCCAUGCCAGAUUCUCAGUGAUGUUGAAAUAGCUCAAACUGUUAAAAGAGUUAAUAUAUAAUAAAAAGAAACAUUGUGUAGGUUGACACAUUCAGCCAUCAUUCACCCGUUCUUUCAUCUUCUCUGCAAUAUUUCCACAGUGUGGUGCAUUUUUCAGAGAUGUCAUGAAUAAUAUAAUAACACACUUGACUGGAAAAGCAUAGAAACUAAGCAAACACACAAGGACUGAAAAUGCUGGGGAACACUUGAGUGUUGGCAGGGUGUAUGAAUGAUGCAUUGUACAGUUAGACUGUGAGCUUGGAAUUAUAAUAUACCAUCUGUGCUCAGAGUUGUUUUGCAGAGAUUUAGUUUUACGUCCUAUAUUGUGAGCCCACUAUAGAAUUGUAAUCAUUAAGUCAUGACACCUGUAAUCAGAAUCCUUAUGUCUGCCACACAGAAACACCAGUUGUUAAAGCUACUGUACAUAGAAAUGGCACAAAGAGAUUUAAUUAUCCUGUAACAAGUUGUGCACAGAUUUCUGAUUUAGGAAGAAGAGGAAGAAAUUGAUGUGAUUUUAAGAAAAGGUCAAUGAGUUAGACUCUACUCUGACAAACCCUCCACUCAUACUUCAUUUUGGAGUAUUCUAUCAAUGUUGUUGUAGAAAUGACAUUGUCUUGACAGUUUCUCAGAAAUGUGCUAGAAGGAUUAGCCCAUUUAACAUAGAGGAAGGUUUCUGUACAUGGUCACUAUUCCUAAAAUUCAAUACUUAGUCUAUAAACUUUUGGAGUGAAUAGAAUGCAGACUCCUUCCUCCUUCUGUCCUUACACCUUUGGUUUCUACCCCAGUGUUCACCUCUGCACUGUAUCUGCUGCAAAGGAUAAAGAAAGUCAAAGUGGAAUCAGUAAAGAGACUUUGUGUGGCAGCUUAGGAGGUUUCUGUAAAUAACUAUUAAAUAUGAUAAAAUAGAAAAAAAGUCAUUAUGUUUUCAUGUAUUUACCUGACAAUAAUGAUUACUGCUGCAGGCAUACAAUCAAUUAAAAACAUCCCAAAGUGCUAAAAAGUGACACAAAGAUUAUGACUUUUUAAAAGUACAUUAAAAGACAUUUAAAGGUCAGCAGUGUAGAGUAGUUUUUGUAUGCUAACCACAAGAAUUAGUAUAUCUCAUUUCACGUAACCGUGUCCUACAUUACGAGCCAUGCAAGAAUUCUGUCUCAGGGGAAACUGACCUUCGAUCUGUAAAUAUCACUUCCCAGCCUUUUAGUUUGCUGUCUCUCUUGUGUGUACAUAAAGCGGUCAAGGCAAUCCAACACUUGCAAUGUAAAAAAAUAUACGGCUUACAGUCCAGGCUUUUGUGUUACACAAUGGAGAAAAUGAGGGCAAGUGAAGAGAAUAAUGUGUUUACUCCAGUGACGUGACAAGGAGUUAUAACUGAAUUAAUCCUCCAUUGUUCUCUUUAGGCCUACACGUGAAGCUUCACUUUGAUGUGAAGCGUUUACCUGGUGUAGUACAUGUUUAAUUCUGCAGCUCCCCAAGUUAAUGAGUUACUGAGUGUGCUUUACAUUAAGACUCUAUAGCAGUUUAAUUUAACGUAGGCUUAAUGGACCUUUUCAACCACAUGUUUAUGUUUUAGGGUUUACAAAGACUGGACAGGCAAACUGAGAGCUAAGACACUGAUAAGUUAUCUCCAUUAUACUCUAUUAUACGUGGCCCCACUGUGUUUGUGACAUUAUUGAAUGUAAAUGUUUGGCUGCCCAUAUUUUCAGGCACAUGAUUUCGCUUGUCAGAUUAAGCAAGACUGAUUCCACUUUAUGGAGGCUCAUUGAUGACAAAGCUAUUGAGCGACCAUGGAGAAAUUUUAGUUGAGCACACAAGAAGCAUUAUAUGUUAGAUGUAAGCAAGCAGGGCUCUCGUCAUAAUUGUAAGAAUUUUUAGGUUUAGCCAACCUCCCACUUCCAUAAGCAAAUUUAUAAACUGGGGAAAAAAAACUUAAAUUGUAUUAAUAUUAAAAUAUUUUCCAUGUUUAAUUCAACAACAGUUUUAUUGUUGCUUAUUUUGUUAUGUUUUUUUUUUAAUUUAUAACAAAUACAUGCCACAGAGUAUCCCUACAUGCUUGUCCAAGAACUCUCUCCCCUCUGUCAGGAAUGAAUGUCUAGUUGGGAAAAUUAUUUUUUCCGUUUUAUAUUGAGUCAUUUUUCUUGGUGUGGAUAUAAUCAGAUUUAAAUUUGAACCAUGCUUUAAAUGUUACUACAGUUCAGAUCCCAAAAUACAGAAGACAUGACCUCUGUACUUAGCUACAGCCCUAAAAACUAGCAGUAAGGCUUCCUUUGUGUUCUGUCUUCAAAGUCACUUGCUAUGUGUUUUGGCACUAUAUAUUUGUUUCAUGUGAACUCCAACUGAAAACAGAACAGUCUAUUAGAGUUGACCUGGAGUAUCAUCUGGUCAGAAGAUUUUAAUUGUGACCUUAAUAACUGGACAUACUCAUGUCUUGUCAAAGCCUGUUAGCCAAAAAUUGUUGGCAAGCAGUUUGAUAUUGUAAAGACCUCAGAGACUCAGCUGAAAUAGCUUGAGAAAAUUGAGAACAGAUUUUACAACAUGUUUUACACAAAACUUGCAUUGAGAUGAUAAAUAUGUUGAGCUCGUUGUCAUUCCCAGGUUGUCAAAUACCCAACGCUUUGUCACGCCCCUCGGCGUGAUAUCGACGCCAAAGGCACAUUUUGGCAUCUUUAUGAGACGUGAUGGGCUUUCAACUACUAUCUCCAGUUUAAAACCAUCUGCUGUAAUACUUGAUGCCUAGGCAGCUGACGGGGUAUAAAGAUUGAGUAAGUCUGUGCAGGGUGGGAGGGAGGAGAGGUGGAGACCACUGUUUGUCUCCUGUGUAAAAUCAAAGGUCAGUGUUGUUUUAAUGUAACGUUACAUAACUUGCGUACCCAUUUCCAGUAUGAAACCAAAAGUCACUGUUGUGUUACAGGAGUCAGCAACCUUUGCCAUCGAAAGAACCAUUUUUGGCAUGAAUGUACUUUUUUUAAAUUUUCUUUUUCUGGGGCCGGAAUACAUAUUUGUGCUUUAUAAUAAAAGUAACACAGCCUAUUAGGUCUAAAUUAGCCAAUCAAUAUUACUAAUAGCUCUAAAUGAGCAUCUGUUAAUAUGUUUUAGCACACGGUGGCUACUCUGCAGUGGACUACUUGUGAUUAUUUUGUACUUCAACAGUUCAGCGUUGGCUGUGAAGGCAAAGAAAUCCUUUUCCUCUGAGACUUUUGCUUUUUUGGAUUUGGAAUCAAUAGCUAGGCGCAGGAGACUCCACUGCAAGUUAGCCACUGCUAUUUAGGUUUACAAACAUUUAGGAGAAGGGAACAGGUCAUAGACGUAUGACGCACACUUUAGUUGACAGCUUUUU